AUGGCCGCGCGGGCCCCCUUCGGGGCGCGGAAGGCUAACGUGAUCGGGAGCUGCGUAAAGCGCAUCCCGAUUGCCGGCCGCAACAUCACGUACUUCAUCCAGUCGCUCCUGAGGGAGCGGGAGUUCCAGAUCCCCCCGGAGCAGUCCCUGGAGACGGCCAAGGCCAUCAAGGAGCGCUACUGCUACAUCUGCCCGGACAUUGCCAAGGAGUUCGCGAAGUACGACUCGGACCCGUCCAAGUGGAUCAAGAAGUACGACGGCAUGAACGCAGUCACCAAGGAGCCCUUUGUGGUUGACGUCGGCUACGAGAGGUUCAUGGGACCGGAGAUAUUCUUCCAUCCGGAGUUCCGGGAGUUCGGAGAGUUCGCGUGA